CUUUCAAAGAUAACAUAAAGGUCUCUCUCUCUUUUUCUCCCUCUCUGUAUUUGCUAACAUAGAAGUUCAAGAAGCGGAUAAAAAAUGUUGGAUUCUUUGUCAAAAUGCUUCAACAGACUUCAAGAACGGUACGAAAACGUUCUAGAAACGAAACCUAUUUACAGAGACGACUUAGACAUGACGUUGCCUCUGAACGGCUCUGAGGUCUCAGUAGAAUCGACCAAAAAGUAUCGGUGCUUGGAGAGAGCCAAGAGGAUCGACAAGUCGCUGAGGUUCGAAGCCGGAGAGGAAGAAGAUGAACAGAUGAAAAAGACUCCGGCUAAGCCACGUAAGGUUGUGAGGUUUCAGUUAGAGAAUAAUAAGAUCUUCGAGCCGAAGAAGACGGUGAGGUUUGAUCUUGAUCAAGAACUGGAACCGAAGGAGAAGACUCUGGAGGAGAAAGAGAGUUUGAAAAUGGUUGAAGGGGAUGAAAAGGUUUUGAGGGUUAAGAUCAAGAUGACAAAGCAGGAAGCUCAAAGGCUGUUGUCGAAAUGCAAAAACGACAGCGUUUUCGGUUUGGAGCACCUUGUGGACCAGAUUGCACACGUCCCUGCUCAUCAGCUUCAAGUCGCUAUGGUAAUGGUUGGUUGUAAUGAUGAGCGACAAGGAAAUGGCUGCUGGUUAUCCCAGCUGAAAUAAUUUUACAGUUAAUUAUAUUUAUCAGAAUUUUGUAGUUUUAGGGUAGUAUCUAUUAUCUAGUUAUAUCAUGUUUGUGAAUAUAGUUUGUUAAAUAUCAAUAUAGAAGUAACAGGGUGUUGGGAAAUA